AGAACGUAAGCAACUUCAUCGGAGGUCCCGUCGCUGCCACUAUUCGCCAUCUUCGGAAGUGCUAUCCGCCCGCUUACUAACCUGACGCCGUCCUCAUCAUCAUCAUCAUCAUCGAUAGGCCUCAGUGGCCCACUCCUCCACCCGAACUAGUUCUAGAAGGACACAACAAGUAUAAGAGCGCCUACUCUGUGCACAACAAAGAUCUUCUCCUCGCUGUCAACAGCUACAACGGAUUCCCAGACGCGAUGCGAGUGGAUCUGGAUUGCGCGAUGGGAUUUUGUUACGUGACCGAGACCGACGGCGAGAUAGAUUGGUAUGUAAAAUCUUAACUCGGCGGGCCAUGACAACAAGAAGAUGCGCGACUAUAGCGACAAGCCUGAAGCGAAGUUCGCAUGCUACAGCCUCGACAACCACAACCACGACGACAAGCACGAAGAGCACACCAGCAUCCUCGCCACCAUGAAUAUCGGUCUCAGUGCUAGGCGUGAGGACUACGGGCCCCCCAUCUGCGUCAACGCUGGCAACGGCGGAGGAAACCACCAGCACAUCAACGACCUCCUCGAAGCUCACACUCAAGUCGCCCAAACCCUCAACGUCCACUCCGACUGGUUCGCCGUCGUCGAGCCGACCUCGAAGGCGACCAAGUCGGUCACGCUCGUCUACAAAGGAGUCGGAGAAGCGACAGUCCCGAUCGAAUGGGCUGGCGAGGUGCUGCGCUGGCUUGGAAUCGGAUUCUGUCGCUGGCGCGAAUGGGACGAGCUGAUGGAAUUGGAGACGGCGGUGAGGGAUGAGGACAAGGACAUCUCGUGGGCUUGGGAUCCGAAAUUCGUUGGUCAAAACUCGUACCAAAGUGAUCUGAAGUAAAGGUCUAGCUUUUACUGGCAGCUUGCAACAUCAGUCGGACAGUGAGCAC